UCCUCCUCCUUGCAGUGUGCUGCCAGUCUUUAAGCUGGAGACACACUCAGACCAACCGUCCAGAAAAGUCUUGAGUAAAAAUAAAUAAACAAAAAAAGCUUUGCAUCUUUUACUGAGUUGCAUCAGGGAGCGAUGGCCUCCUUCCUCCAAACGAAAGCUGCAAAGCUCCUAAUCUACCUCUUGACUUAUGUGGGAGCCAUGGUCCAAGCCCAAAGCCGGCUCCUGCCAGGCUCAUGCAGCUUUGAAUCCAACACCUGCGGAUAUGAGUCAGACGCAGACCAUGCGAGCUGGGUCCUGCACAGAGAUGGACAUUUUGUUGCAGUGGAAUCCCUUAACGAGGACAUGGAGGGCAGCUCGGGUUCAGGUAUCGAACCAAAGAAGGAGGUUACAGGAAUCCUGCUGAGUCCGCCUCUGGAGCACCAAGAGUGGAGCUGUAUGAGGCUCGUCUAUCAGAUCGCAGAAUCAGGACACCUGGAGGUUUUGCAGAGAAGUGAAGGGAGGAGCUUCGAUAAGCCGCUGUGGAGCAGCCAGGUCCCAUCUGACAGCUGGAUCAUCGCGAGUGUGGAUCUGCAGAACUCCUCUGAGCCUUUCAGGAUUGUGAUUAAUGGUAGAGCUGGACCGAGCGCAGGGAGCAGCGUGGCCAUCUUUGAGAUCCACAUCAGCCCUGGAUACUGCCUGGAGUGUGAUUUUGAGGAGCCUCUUCUGUGUGGCUACAAUAACCAGUGGAACGUUAAUGUAAACUGGUAUGUGGGAGGUGGUGGAGUUCAACUGGUUCACAACAACAUGCCGAAAGAUCACACAUACCACAACAAGACAGGUCACUUCAUGUACGUCGACUCCAGUUAUGCAAAGACGUUCAAAGAGGUCGCCAAGCUUGUCUCUCCAAUGACGACGGUGCCCAUGUCUGGCUGCCUGAGUUUCCAGUACCAGCGCAGUGAGGAAAGAGGAAACCUUUUCACUGUUUAUACGCGAGACCGCCUUGGCCAGUACCAGGAGCUGUGGAGGGCGGAGUCCGAGACCCAGGUGGAUUUUAGCGGCACUCCAGGAGAGUGGAUACCUGUGCAGGUGGACCUGAAGGCACCAUAUGCAGUGCAGAUGGUUUUUGAAGUGGGCUUCAAUAGCCCAAGAGGUGGACACGUUGCCGUUGAUGACAUUUCCUUCUCUCCAGAGUUUUGCAACAGAGACACAGAGCCAACCUUCGACCCCUCCAUCGCCAACUGUGAUUUUGAAUCUGGUCUCUGCCUCUACACCCAGGACCGGGCGUUCGGCUCGUCAUGGCGGAGAGUGUCGGUGAAACCUAACAUAUUCAGGAAUGGAGACCACACCACAGGAGCAGGAUCCUUCCUGUUGGCUCAUUCCCAGCUGGGCCCGCGGUCCGGCUAUGUUAGCCGUGUGAUCAGUCCAACUCUACCAGGGAACACCAAGUUCUGCCUGAGGUUUUACUUCUUACUGAAAGGUUUCAACCAGACGGAGCAGGCAUUGGCGGUUUAUCUGCUGCAGCAGGGUGGCAAGCAGGAGAAGAUCUGGACUCAGGCAGAGAAGUCGAGGGGAAUCUGGAUUUUAGCGGAUGUAACCUUCCAGACGUCACAGCCUGCUAAGAUGGCCUUUGUCAUCACCUGCAGGAGUUUCUGGGACUGCGGCUCUGUGGCUCUGGACGACAUCAGUCUGAACCUCGGCGACUGUGAGCUGACGGCAGGUUUCCCAUCCUCCAGCCUCCUUGGACACUGUGACUUUGAGGCCGGACUCUGCGGAUACACUCAGGAUAAAGUCAGCGAUUCAGCUGACUGGCAUCAGAGGAGAGGAUCCACCCCAACUUCAUACACGGGACCUAGAGGGGACCACACCAUGGGUCUCGGGUACUACAUGUACAUUGAGGCGUCGCCCAUGCUGCCGGGCCAAAACGCUCGGCUGGUCUCCCAACCUGUAAGGGGAAACAGGGGACCUCAGUGUCUCCAGUUCUUCUACCACAUGUACGGCACAGGAACGGGCAAGCUAAGGGUGCUUGCCGUUAAGGAUGGGGAGGAAGAGUUGCUGUGGCAACGGAGCGGCGAGCAGAGCAUCGCCUGGCUGAGAGCUCAGGUGGAGUACCAGAGCCAAAGUCGACAUCAGAUUGUGUUCGAAGCGACCAGAGGUUCUUCUGUAAGGAGUGACAUAGCGAUUGAUGACAUCAUGUUGGACAGCGGACCUUGCCCAGAGAUGGAGGUCAGAGCCCGCGUGGGAAGCUCCAAUGAAAUCGAGUAGAAAAAUGCAUAUAUCUGCAUUAGGAUACAUGAAACCCCACUUUCCCCCACUCUUCAUUUUUGCACAUCAGACAACCCAAAGCGUUGUUGACUCCUACAUGUCAGGCAGAACAUGUAGAGCGAAGAAACUGCUGAUGUAGUUCAGUUUUGAUGGGGCAACACGUCAGUUAUAACAUUUUACAGUGGCUUUCCCUCUGCAUUGUAGCAACAGAGGAUGUUAAACUGUGUUUUUUCUUCACACUUCUAUGCAUUAGAUUAAUGCUCAUUGCUUAAAUAAAUCCCAGAAUGUUGUUAAACAUGA